UCAACCUAUCCCGUUGAGCUGUUAUUGUAUAUAUAUAUGUAAGCCUACAAAGUUGGGGUUAAGAUAGUAUUUUAUGAUGUAAUUUGCAGUUAAAUUUUUCAUUCCAAAACUUGUUGGGCCAAGUGUGUUUUAAAUAAAAACCAUGUUUGAUUUUGUGGGUGCAGGUUUCUGUAGAGGAAACUCUGUGGGAACAGAGCAACAGAGAAGAGCUGCCAUGAUCUGUGAAGGCUGCUCUGUUAAAUUUACUGUGUUCAAAAGAAAACGGCAGUGUUCAGUGUGUCGACGCUAUUACUGCAGUCACUGUUUGCCAUUCAGACAAAAUGAUAGCAACUACAACACCACAUCUGUGUUGGCCCACUUCACAGACAAGAAGUUGAAAUGUAGCAAAUGUGAGGUACUCACAUCACGGCCACUGAGCCGUGCACAACUUCAGCAGCUUAGAGUCAAGGAUUUGCAACUUUACCUUAUAUCCCAGAAAGUAUCUACAAGAGGAUGUGUUGAAAAGGAUGAUCUAGUGAAUUUGCUGAUGCUACAUGCUGGAAAUUCAUCAAACAACACGCAAAGAAGUGACUUUCCUAUUGGUCAUGGCAGUCAGACUGAUACGCAAAGUGGAAGUCAGUCAUCCAUGGUGGAGGACCAAACUGAGCAGCUUUCCCAAGAACAGAGCACUUCCACUGCAUACUUAUCAUCCCAGUGUGUUCCAUCUACUUCAGAGACCCCUCCAGAUAGUGAUUAUUUGGGUUUUUCCAUCACAAGUGAUAGAAGCACAAAGGCUGGUUCUGGGGAGAGCACCACAGGUUCUAGUUCAAGUUCUGGUUCACAGUUUGGACACAAAGCCCCAAUUGGUACAAAUAUGUCUGUCUCACCUGAAGAUAUGUGUCAUAUUUCCACUAGUAGCAGUUCAUCCACUACACAGUCAAGCAGUGGAUGGUCAGAAGAGCAUUCAGUGGUUGAUGUUGAUAUUGUGGAAUUGACAGAUUGGACUGGUGAUUUAAACAAUCUGGAUGCUGGACCUGAACCAGUUAUCACUGUCAUUGAAGAUGACUCACCUGAAAGAACAUUUAAUGAGGUUGAAGUCAUGGAGACAGAUGAACUUGCAGAUGUGGCUGUAGAGAGUGAAGAUGGUGAUUACAACAUUACUGCAGGUGAAGCAGGAGAUGAGACUGCAGGCAUUGCCACAGAGGAACCAACUGUUCCUACUCAGUCACGCACUGGAAUAACUUUAGCCAGUAUUAGUGGUUUGGAGGACUUCGAGAAGCUGACAGUGAAACAAUUGAAGGAGCUUCUGUCACUGAAUAGAGUUGAUUAUCGAGGCUGUUGUGAGAGACAAGAACUUAUGGAGCGGGUUGCUCGUCUCUGGCAGGAAGACAGUCAAACACGGAAAGGAUUGGAUACAAUGAGUGUAGAUGAACUUUGCAAAAUUUGCAUGGAUGCACCUGUGGAAUGUGUAAUGCUGGAGUGUGGCCAUAUGGCAACAUGUGUAACAUGUGGAAAACAACUUAGUGAAUGCCCCAUUUGUCGUCAGUUUGUGGUGCGUGUCGUUCGGACAUUUAAGGCAUAAGUUGUUUUGGUAGUUGCCAAAUGUUUCUGUCUUGUAGUGUCCCUGGGAAUCUUCUGUGCAAGUGAGUAUGACACCUCUCUUUUAGCUCACUUUGGUCUGUGAACCGAAUUAGCCGUGUUUAAAUUUUAAUAGUUGUGUGUAUGUAAUUUAUGCCUAUGAACUAUUCUAAUUAUUUUUUUGUAGAGUACUUAUGUUAUAUUGAAAGUUUUCUCAUUACAUAGGCCUAUGAUUACUGUGAUAAUGGCCACUCUUUAAUAAUUAUAAUGGUAUGCAAAUUGUUACUAGCAUUAAGUGCGGUUCCUGUACUUUGUUGCUUAGAAAAUUCAUGAAGUUAUGCAUAUUUUAGGUAAGUGAGAAGCCUUCCAAACGUGCAUUAUUUUCAACUGGCAUGGUGUAUUAAUCAGGAUAUAGUACUAUUUUAAAAUAUUUUGCUUAUGGCAUUAGUUUCAUGUGUUUAUGAAAUGUUAUCUUAAGAUACUGUAUUUACCCAAAUAUAGAUGUCAAAUUUAAAAAUAUGCCUCUUAGAAAUAAAGCUUGAAUGUGAAAAAAGGUUAAAAUUAUUGGGAAAAAAUAUUUUAGUUAACAAGUUAUACCUUGCUUACUUUCUUCUGUAAUAUAUUUUCCUCCAUCUGCAGAGUUAUUGGUUUAUUCUUACGGAAUAAUAAACAUGCAUUUGUACAAUGUCAUGUAUCUACCCUCUUUUAAUAAUCUUCAUUGAUUUAAACAAAAGUGUAUAGGACCAUAAAUAAGUUCAUUUAUUGUAACUGGGCAUCCCGAAAUAUAUGUUUCAUUUUGAUCUUGAUCGGUCUUCUUAUUCUUCUAGCAUCAUUUCUUUUUUAUACAAGUCAGUGGAUGAAAAGUCCCCAAUCUCUUUUAUCUUCCUACAGUCUUUCCUCUCUGAUUUCUUGCCAGCUCUUCCCUCUUUUCUUGACAUCUUCUAGUGCCUAGCUGAACCACCUUCUGGGUCAUCCCAUGGUUCUAUAUCCUUUAAAUUGUAAUUCUAUUGACCUCCAUAUUCUUGUUCUGUCCAUAACAAUUUUGACAUUUCUACACAUUUUAUUUUCUGAAUUUACUUCGUUUCAAAAAUAAAUUUGUUCGCCUUGUCUAGGUUCCUUGAAAUCCUCAUAGUCACUUUCUUGUCCAUAUUCAUUCUCAGCUCAUAUUUCUUUGUAACAAGGUUCUGUUGAUUUAGUUGUUCAUUUUCCUCUUUGUCUUUCUCCAAAAUUAAAUAAUUGUUUUCAAAUAUUAAUGUUUCAAUGUUUGGUCUUCUCAUCAAACUUUAUUAAUGAUUUUGUCCAUCAUCAUAUGGCAUUAAACAAAACUGAGGACACUUCCUUGUCUCACUGCACUACUAAGUUUCAAACCAUUUUAGUCUUCCUGAAUUUGUUUUAACACAUAUGUACAGUCCUUGUGUGUUAGGUUCACUUUCUUUGUAAGCUAUUCUGGUACUUAUAAUAUUUUUAAGACUAAACAAACCUUUUUUCUCUGUUAUAUUGUUAUGAACUUGACAAGUCAUGGUUAAAAGUGAUCAUGUUGCAACUCUUUCUGAUUUACAUAUACUGAUGGUCUAAUACUAUUGAUAAAUUAAAAAUUGUAACAGUAGCAUGCAUGUUUAAAGCAAUCCACAAUUUUUAAGGUAAAUUAAAAAAUUCCAUAUAUUUUCUUACAUUUGGGAAAAUACAGUAUAUUUAAUUUAUUCAAAAGACCAUUGUUUAGUUUAAUAUAUGUUGUGUUCCAUGCUUCAGGGACUGUAAUUUUCUUAUGCAAUGUGAAGUUUAUUGACUUCUGUACUUAUAAUGACUUUUAAGUUUUGAAAAUGUGAUAUGUACAAAUAAGCAUCUGUUGCCUUAAUUAUAAACAUAAUACCAGCGAUUUUGAUAAACAUAUGUGUAUUUGCAUAAGGAUAAGUAAGUAUAUGUAUCAAUUGAUUUUAGUAAUCUGCUAGAUGUGUUCAGUCAUGUUAGAUAUCUGCAGAAAAUGUCACAUGUAUUAUUAUGGCUCUUAAUAAUGAACAAAUCAUUUAGUCAUAUGUAUAUGAAAGAAAGUGUAUAAAUACAAAUACAGAUUGUAAAGUUAGUUGUCACUUA